UUGAACUUGGCAUUGCCGUCUCAUCCGUUACUUCUGGUAUACUAUGGCGUACACGCUCGACAACACGGGGCGACUUGAUGCCCUCUGGCUCCCCGAAGACAGUGCCUAUCUCCGAAAGUCUGCACCGUCCUAGCAAUAUCCCUUCCUCCUUCCUGACCUCCUUCCCUUUAUCGAAGGCCCUUCCAGCACAAUGCCGUCAUUAGUCCGCUCAGCAUCCCCUCGCCACAACGGCAUCACCAAGCUGACCAACUGCCGGCUCGUCCGCGGCGACGAGCUCGUGUGGGACGAUGUCUGGGUCAGCUCGGCCACGGGCAAGAUCAUCCGCAGCCAGGCGGCCUUCUACGAUGAGCUCAUCAUGCCGGACGAGGUCAUCGACCUGGGCGGCCGCAUCGUGUCGCCGGGCUUCAUUGACUGCCAGCUGAACGGCGCCUACGGCUUCAACUUCUCCACCCUGCUCGACGACAUGACGCAGUACGGCAAGCAGGUGCGGGAUCUGAACAGAAAGCUGGUUCGCACAGGCGUGACCUCGUACAUCCCAACCGUGACAAGUCAGACAAGUGAUCUCUACAAGGGGGUCCUCCCUUACCUCGGACCCUCCGGCUCCUCCCGCCGGCCACACGACGGCGCCGAGUCCCUGGGCGCCCACGUCGAAGGACCGUUCCUCAGCCCAACCAAGAAUGGAAUCCACAACCGCUCCGUCCUCAGGGUGGCCUCCUCCUUCGCCGACCUCGAGGAGAUGUACGGCGCGGCCAACAUCAACCCCCGGUGUCCCAACCCCGAAGUAGAAGUCCACUCGCCGAGCAGUAGCAGCAGCAGCAGCAGUAACAACAGCAGUACUAGCCUCCCUUCGUCCCCCGUCAGCUCCUCCUCCUUCUCCUCCGCUUCGUCCAGCGAUGCGCAGGCCGCACGCAACAGCACGAUCCCCGUCAAGAUGAUCACGGCGGCGCCCGAGCUAGGGGCCAUGACCAGGCUGAUCCCGGAGCUCACGUCGCGCGGCAUCGUCGUGUCGGUCGGGCACUCGGAAGCAACGUACGAGGAGGCGUCGGCGGCGGUGUCGGCGGGCGCGACCAUGAUCACGCACCUGUUCAACGCGAUGCGGCCCUUGCACCACCGCAACCCAGGCAUUUUCGGGGUGCUGGGCACCAACACGACUACUCCUAGUACUACUAGUAGUAGUAUCUCUACUGCUGCUGCUGCUGUUCCUGCUGUUGCCACUUCCCAAAGACAACAACAACAACCACAACAACCACAACCACAGCAACAACAACCAGGACAAAAGAGGAGGAGGCCGUAUUUCGGGAUCAUCUCAGACGGCAUCCACCUGCACCCGACAACCGUCAAGAUCGCGUGGCACGCGCACCCGCAGGGGCUGAUCCUGGUCACCGACGCGAUGCACAUGGUGGGCCUGCCCGACGGGCGGUACGCGUGGACCAACGGCGAGGGGGAGCACUACAUCAUCAAGAAGGGCAGCGUGCUCGAACUGGAGGGGACGGGGGGCACCAUUGCGGGGAGUGCGGUCACGCUCCUCGAAUGCGUCAACAACUUCCUCCACUGGACGGGCGCCACCCUUCCGCAGGCCCUUAAGGCCGUCACGGCCACGCCGGCGGCCAUGCUCGGCGUGCAGGGCGUCAAGGGGAGUCUGGAGGCCGGGGCGGAUGCCGACCUGGUGGUGCUGUCCGAGGCGGCCGGCGAGGAGGGGCGGACCGAGCUGGUGGUGGAUGAGGUGUGGAAGUUUGGGGUGAGGGUCUUUGAGCGGAAGAAGCUUGUUUGAUAUCUGCGCCGUCGGUGGGCACGUGGGGUUUGAUGCUUUGAAGCAGACUUCGAGACUGGUUACUAGUAAGUCAGAAACAUGAGGGCAUGGACCCAGGGAAGUACGGUAGUUUCUCUGACCCUUGGGCAUGCCCUGAA